AUGUGUGGAGAAAGCGAGAGUCGGGAGGUUCGAGACCUGCGCGGUCGAAACGGCCUUUGCCCCGCCAUGGCUCCCGCGAGGUUCAUCUGCGUCCAGAUCGGCCUAGGCUUUCCCCAUGGCUCGCCCAGUGAACAGAAAUGGCCGAAGUCGGAUCUCCGCGCCGUGGCAGUAUCGGCUUGCAGCGUUGGAUGGGGACAAGGGGGUCUCUGCACAGACACAGAUCCCAAGAAUGGCCGUGCGCUCGGUUCGCUGUCUCUUCGACCUCGACCGGGGUAG